AUGUCUAUUAAUUCCUCGUAUUCGGCAGCAGCAAAUCCAGUGGUGGUGGACACAGUGCAAGAGCAUGUGGUGGACACACAUGGAAAGACAAUUAUUCAACAAUAUCAUUAUCAUUAUUACAAUACAGAUCCAGCCACCGAUGUUAAUACUCAACCAAAAUCUCAACCUGAUGCUAUUCCUUCUGUAGUACAACCAACACCAACCAAGACACAGCCAAUUCCAAAAAUGGCACAAUCAAGAUUUCUCACUCCUGCCCAAGUGAUUGAUAAGUUAAAACUGGAUGGUGUGAGAAAAUCCAAACUCACCCUCGAUCAGACCAUUAUUCUUUCUCUCUUUGCUGGUGUUUUCAAAGGAAUUGCUGGUUCAAUUUCAAUGAUAAUUGGCGGGAAUAAUCCUGAAAUGCAGAAAAAUAAUCCUGGAGCUCAACAGUUAAUGUUUGGAAUUGUCUUUCCAAUAGGAUUGACUUUAACCAUCAUGAUGGGUGCUGAACUCUUUACAGGAAACUGCAUGGUUCUAGUUUUGGGUUUACUCUCUAGAAAAUGGGCUACCAAAAAGUUUAUCAAACACUAUUAUCACUUCUCCAAGAAUAUUCUCCUUUCGUUUACUUUCAACAUGAUUGGUGCCUUUCUAGUUUCGUAUUUCUUUGUCUACCAAACUCAUUUAAUGUCUCCAAAUGAUCCAGAUGCCCCCUAUUGGAUCAAAUAUGCAAUGAAACUUGCAGAAACGAAAUGUUCCAAAACUUUCGGCUCUUUAGUCUUGAGUGGAAUUAUUUGUAACAUGUUAGUGACCAUGUCCAUCUUUAUAGCCAAUGCAGCAACCAGUAUUGAAGCAAAGAUUAUUGGAUUGUGGCCUGGAAUUACUGUUUUCGUUGCAUGUGGUUGGGAUCACUCAGUUUCGAAUAGUUUCUUCAUUCCACUUGGAAUGCUGUAUGGAGCUAAUGUUUCAGUUUCUGAUUUCUUGAUUGGAAACUUACUUCCAGUCACAAUUGGUAAUAUCAUUGGUGGAAGUUUUGUAAUUGCUGGUCUAAUGUACUUUGUAAAUGAUUUUCGUGCAAAGAAUAAGAAACUUGUAUUCGAAAGUAUUUCCAAGAUUUGGAAACGAACUAAACAAGCUUCACAAUCUGUUAAUUCCUUUGCCAUGAGUCGUUCCAUUAGUGAAACUGAACUUGAAAAUUCUAAUGAAAAAGAAACUUUAAUAUGA